AUGAGAGGCGGCGGCGUAGCACUCAAAGCCCUUCAAUGGUUCCUUCGCGGCGUGGAAUUCUGCUGCUCGGUUAUCAUUCUUGGAAUCUUUGCCUAUUUCCUCGCCAAACUCUCUACCAAUAAUCUUCCUAUCGCUACCUACAUCAAAGCCGUCGAAGGUAUUUCGGGCUCAGGUGCAUUAUACACAGUGCUUGGACUCAGUCUUCUCUGUUGUGUGGCCGGUUUGAUGUUCUUUUCCAUCAUCGCUAUCAUUCUCGAUUUCUGCUUCACCGGUGCAUUUAUCUAUGUAGCCUAUGCUACCAGACAUGGUAGAUCAUGUUCCGGAUAUGUGUAUACACCUUUGGGCAAUGGAAUUGCGGCCACAAAUCAAAGACUUUCCGGAGUGGGAGCCUCGAGAGAUACAACUCUACCUAGUUUGUCUGACAGCUGUAGAUUGAAUACAGCUUGUUUUGCUGUGUCAAUUGUCGCUGCUGUUUUCUUUUUUAUCUCACUCUUUGUCGAAUUAGCUCUCAUCAAGCACCACAAAAAAGAAAAGGCAUUCGGUCCUGGACCCAAUAAUGGCUACACAACCGGCAGAAGCCGUGGUAGAUUUUGGCCAAAACGUCAACGAGUCCACGAUGGUGAAUACAUGGCUGGAGGAGUUGUCUCAGAAAAGCCUGAUGCAUUGCCCAUCCACUCUACUCCUAAUGAUGUGAGAACCUCGAAUGCUACGGAUGCAACCAUGGUGGCACGAACUCACGAAGGUUAUGGUUCACAAACAGGAUAUGGACAUGCUCCUGUAUCCCCAGUCGUUGGUACGCAUGGUCAUCAGGUUAAUGGUGUGGACUAUGGUACUAGUCCGGCGAUGUAUGCACCACCUCAUGCAACAGAAAUGCCAGCUGAGGGGUACAGAGGAACUCAUCAAUAUCAGAAUUCCAAUGGUACUUUUUAA